CUGGUGCUCAACGGCUCGGACCCGCGCAGCCUCGUGCUGCAGCUCUGCGACCUGCUGUCGGGGCUGCGCGUGCACGGCGUCGUGUUCGAGGACGACUCGCGCGCGCCCGCCGUCGCGCCCAUCCUCGACUUCCUGUCGGCGCAGACCUCGCUGCCCAUCGUGGCCGUGCACGGCGGCGCCGCGCUCGUGCUCACGCCCAAGGAGAAGGGCUCCACCUUCCUGCAGCUGGGCUCCUCCACAGAGCAGCAGCUCCAGGUCAUCUUUGAGGUGCUGGAGGAGUACGACUGGACAUCCUUUGUAGCGGUGACCACGCGUGCCCCUGGCCACCGGGCCUUCCUGUCCUACAUCGAGGUGCUGACUGAUGGCAGCAUGGUGGGCUGGGAGCACCGCGGGGCACUGACGCUGGACCCUGGAGCAGGCGAGGCCGUGCUGGGUGCCCAGCUCCGCAGCGUCAGCGCGCAGAUCCGCCUGCUCUUCUGUGCCCGGGAAGAAGCCGAGCCCGUGUUCCGGGCAGCUGAGGAGGCUGGCCUCACGGGGCCUGGCUACGUCUGGUUCAUGGUGGGACCCCAGCUGGCUGGAGGCGGAGGCUCAGGCGCCCCUGGAGAGCCCCCUCUUCUGCCAGGAGGCGCCCCACUGCCUGCCGGGCUGUUUGCAGUGCGCUCGGCUGGCUGGCGGGAUGACCUGGCCCGGCGUGUGGCCGCUGGUGUGGCUGUCGUGGCCAGAGGUGCCCAGGCUCUGCUGCGUGACUAUGGCUUCCUGCCCGAGCUCGGCCAUGACUGCCGUGCCCAGAACCGCACCCACAGAGGGGAGAGUCUGCAUAGGUACUUCAUGAAUAUUACCUGGGAUAACCGGGAUUAUUCCUUCAAUGAGGAUGGCUUCUUGGUGAACCCCUCUCUGGUGGUCAUCUCCCUCACCAGAGAUAGGACUUGGGAGGUGGUGGGCAGCUGGGAGCAGCAGACUCUCCGCCUAAAGUACCCGCUGUGGUCCCGCUACGGCCGCUUCCUGCAGCCAGUGGAUGACACGCAGCACCUCACUGUGGCCACGCUGGAGGAGAGGCCCUUUGUCAUUGUGGAGCCCGCCGACCCCAUCAGCGGCACUUGCAUCCGAGACUCCGUGCCUUGCCGGAGCCAGCUCAACCGCACCCACAGCCCUCCUCCGGACGCCCCCCGCCCGGAAAAGCGGUGCUGCAAGGGCUUCUGCAUCGACAUUCUGAAGCGGCUGGCGCAGACCAUCGGCUUCAGCUACGACCUCUACCUGGUCACCAACGGCAAGCACGGAAAGAAGAUCGACGGCGUCUGGAACGGCAUGAUCGGCGAGGUGUUCUACCAGCGCGCGGACAUGGCCAUCGGCUCCCUCACCAUCAACGAGGAGCGGUCCGAGAUCGUGGACUUUUCUGUGCCCUUCGUGGAGACAGGCAUCAGCGUCAUGGUGGCGCGCAGCAACGGCACCGUGUCCCCCUCGGCCUUCCUCGAGCCCUACAGCCCUGCCGUGUGGGUGAUGAUGUUCGUCAUGUGCCUCACUGUGGUCGCCGUCACCGUUUUCAUCUUCGAGUACCUCAGUCCCGUCGGCUACAACCGCAGCUUGGCCACGGGCAAGCGGCCUGGUGGCUCAACCUUCACCAUUGGGAAAUCCAUCUGGCUGCUCUGGGCCCUGGUGUUCAAUAACUCGGUGCCCGUGGAGAACCCCCGGGGAACCACCAGCAAAAUCAUGGUGCUGGUGUGGGCCUUCUUCGCCGUCAUCUUCCUCGCCAGCUACACAGCCAACCUGGCCGCCUUCAUGAUCCAGGAGGAGUACGUGGACACCGUGUCUGGGCUCAGCGAUCGAAAGUUCCAGCGGCCCCAGGAGCAGUACCCGCCCCUGAAGUUUGGGACGGUGCCCAACGGGUCCACGGAGAAGAACAUCCGCAGCAACUACCCCGACAUGCACAGCUAUAUGGUGCGGUACAACCAGCCCCGCGUAGAGGAAGCGCUCACUCAGCUCAAGGCAGGGAAGCUGGACGCCUUCAUCUACGAUGCAGCUGUGCUCAACUACAUGGCCCGCAAGGAUGAGGGCUGCAAGCUCGUCACCAUCGGCUCGGGCAAGGUCUUUGCCACAACGGGCUACGGCAUCGCCCUGCACAAGGGCUCCCGGUGGAAGCGGCCCAUCGACCUGGCGCUGCUGCAGUUCCUGGGGGAUGAUGAGAUCGAGAUGCUGGAGCGGCUGUGGCUCUCCGGGAUCUGCCACAAUGACAAAAUCGAGGUGAUGAGCAGUAAGCUGGACAUCGACAACAUGGCAGGUGUCUUCUACAUGCUCCUGGUGGCCAUGGGCCUCUCCCUGCUGGUCUUCGCCUGGGAGCACCUGGUCUACUGGCGCCUGCGUCAUUGCCUGGGGCCCACCCACCGCAUGGACUUCCUGCUGGCCUUCUCCAGGGGCAUGUACAGCUGCUGCAGCGCGGAGGCCAAACCCCUGACCCCAGACUGUGACUUCCGACCCCUAAAAAUGGUCAUCCGACCCCAGACUGUGACCCCCACCCCCAAACUGUGA